AUGACGUCCAUUGAUACUGUCCUCCUCUUGGUCCUUGCCCACAUUACGGCCGUCAUUACGAUAGUCCGUGGGUGGCGGGCUCUGUACCGUUGGGGUGUGCGUAGUUGGAACUGGUUCUGCACUCGCCAUGAUCACGCCAAUGCUAUAGAGCUGGACGAACUUGCGGCUGCGAUGAGGCAGAUUCACUUGCGCCAACAGUACAGCGCCCGGUGGGGCUUGUUGGAUUGGUUGGAUGAGACCACCACCCAGCCCGAGGAUCUUGUGUGA